CGUCUUUCUCGAAUUUACAACAUGUCGUCACCACCACGGACACCGACCCAACAACCAACUUCGUCGCACCGCCGUCAUCCCUCAAGUCUGGACAUGUCCCUAAUCAGCAACUCAAGACGACAAUCAUUGACUCGUAGAUCCUCAGGAUAUUCGCCAAUGACGCCUCGGUCGUCACAAGAGUUCGAACGCGGAAGCCCGGCACAACGUGGGGCAGAUGGAGGACUAGGAAAUUUGGCAGAUGAGCUUGGCGAUGUAUGGGACGAAGACGAUGAGAUGGCAGAUGGAGAGUUUGGUGACGAGCUAGACGGUUCGGACAACGAAGACAACAUCGGUGUCGCUUUGGAGCAUGAUGGGUCGGCGGGGGCAGAUGCAGUCGCAAACGCAGAUCACGUUCGAGACAGUGGUGCCGCCGUUCCCUCGUCUCCGCCCUCCAGAGGCUCGAAGGCUACGCUAAGUCCCGGGCUAGCAACCAAAGUGAAGAGGCAUCAGAGAUAUCAUUCGUUAUAUGACGGCUCAGACUACGGCGACGACUCGGAUUUAGAGGCAAAGGAAGGCAUAUCGCCAGCACUCGAGGCUCGAAUGGCGGCUAUCGAAAGUCUGGUCCGGAGAGGCACGGAGGAAAACGGUAGCACGACAGACGGUGUGGUAAAAAGAGUAGUAGAACAACUGCGUGAUCUUGGGAGUCAGAUUGGACUAGAGAACGGCGCAACAAGGUAUGCUGGUGGCUUGUGUUGCAGUCUCAGAGGAUAUACGAAGUUAACACCGCACAGAUUGAAAACCGCACAUGAUGCACUCACAACCCAUCUUACUCACCAGUCCCGUACACUCACCUCCUUAACCGCGUCCUUUUCUGGCCCACGCGCGAUAAUACCCGACCCCGAAGUCAUCGACGCACUUCUUCCGUUGAUCACCUCCACACUCGAACUUCUGCCUCACUCUCAACACGAACCCAUCAUGGCGCUUUCCCAACUCACCACUACUAACCGCGAGCUACUUGAAAACCUAUCCAACGUACAAGAUUCGCUACACAUGACACGCCAAACCACUGUAAAUGCUACCCGGCGCCUAAAGUCUUCAAAAGAUCAACUUGCCGAGUGGAAACGUGACCAGGAGUUGCGAGAAGCUGGGGUCGUAUGGAUCGAAAAAGGUGGCUGGGAAGAGAAGCUGAAGCAAAGACAGGCUAGACGCGAGUGUUCUGAUGUGGUCAAUGGGUUCGAAGAGGCCUGUGGAAUGUGGAGGCAAAAGCUCUGUGAAGGCUUGGGUGUGGCGAGUGCGUAA